UCAACUACAAACAGGAGGAGGCUGCCUCUCAAACACACUGAAAAGGAUCUCUCUGUUUCUCAGUGAUUGUCUAUGAGAAAUAUUUUAAAACAAACUUUGUUGAUUUAAAAUGGCUCUGGAAGAUUUGGAAGGUCUGGAAAAGAUGGAAUUCCCUGUGUUUUCCUGUCUAUGUGAGCUGUGUGACUGUGGUGAACACAAACACCAUCAGAACUGUCACAAGAACAAAUUGGCUGGAAUUACAGACCAUCUCCUGAGUCACUAUCAGUCCACUUUCACUCAGCCUCUCAAUCCCCAACCCCGGAGCAGCAAGAGGCCAUUCCGCACGCCCCCAUUCCAGAACCCACCGGCCAUGCAGGUGGAAACCACACAGCGAGCUGCUUUUAAACACAAAGCUCUCAGUGAACAGGGACAGCUCUGUACCACGAAGGAACAUUCCAGGGUUGUGAAGGAACCAGAUUUAGUGAAACCCGCCCACAGCAAUGCAACAAUACAGAAAUGUUCAAGAAGCAGCUGCCUCCAUUCCAGCUGCUCAGGUUCCAAUCACAGCAGCAAGAAAGGAUCUCUCCCAUCAACUCCUCCAGCCACAGCAGGCGUUCACGAUCUGAAGACCAUUUAUGGACUCACCUAUCAGCCUUUACCCAUCAAGAAACAGCAUUCGCCUGGCAAGAAACGAGCCAAGCCAAAGUCUGCUCCCAUCGAGUCGGUCAGCACCUAUCGCCAGGACUAUCCCCUGUACGCAGCUCAGGCGUUGAGACGCCGGCAGCCAAUUACCCAAGUGGAUAACCUGCACAUCAACCAGCAUUUACCUGUGGACUUCAACACAAUUCAGAGAGAUUCAUACAUUGGCUGGGACGCGGUCAAAUACCCCCGUCGUGAUCCAAUCAUAUUAAAGAACCAGUUGAGACUGGAAGGGACCAUUGAUACCAACACGGUGACAAGGCUUACGUAUACAGGGGUACCGUUCAAUCAACCGCAAGAUCUCAACCGACCCAUGACGAUGCAGAGUGCUUGUGGUGGCAAAUUUCGUAGUGGAACAGCCUACACAAACUCAUUCAGGCCUUGGGAGACAGAGUCGCGGGUUCGUCAUGGGGACCUUCAUGAUGGAGCUUAUAUACCUCCUCCGUCCAGCCCCUCAGCCCAUGUGCCGGUUACAAGCCUACCUGCUUCACCAGCGUCUCAAAGGCAUGAAGAUCUCAAGACCCACAUCUGUUGCUACACAAUGACACCACAACAAGAGCCACUGUGCUCCCAACACUAUGAUAUGGAAAUAUCCAGCAUUGAAGCAGCUCUUGAUCCACCGAGGCCUAUUGAAACAAAAAAUAAAAAUUAUAAAGAACAAAACGCCUUUGGUGUCAUCACUGGCUGUGUCAUAGAACACCCCUUCAGCUGUCUAACAGCACUGAGAGGGGACCCUCACCUGCAACUGCUAUGUUUAGGGCAACAUGUCACUACACUUCCUGACAAUAUUGAAGAAUGUUUAUUUGGCAUUGACUUUGUGGAUGAUUGUUGGAGCUGCCUAGCUGCUUUGGAUGCAGACAAAACAGGUGGGGUGACUGUACUUGCUGAUAUACAACUGAUAUUCUAUAAAUUUGGUCUUGAGAUUCUUUAUAUGCAAAGACUUGCAGCCCUGCAGUGAUGCUGCAGAAGCUGAGGUCUGUGUGUUAGUAUCAUAUUGGUUUCCUCUCUGGUGUUUAUUAAAACCAAUCAUCAUCACUUUGUGUUGCUGAAAACGUACUCUCACUCUUUAAUUUUUCAGACCAUUCUGUGACUGAAU